GGGCUACAUUUCCCUGAUUUGGGCCCACGACUUGACCAUCAUGAAAGGAAUAUAAAAGAGUCCAGCAGGUCGUCUCUCCCGUCUUCUCUCCUUCUUCAUCACACCAUCAAACAUCAGCCUCUCGCUCUAAUACCACCUUCGCUCAAAAGCAACAAACAACAUCUACAACAACUUUCACCUUAAUAUCUUAAUACCUCCCCUCAAAACCCCAACCGCAAACAUGCAGUUCUCCAACAUCCUCUCCAUCUUCACCCUGGCCGCCGCCGCCCAGGCCGUCAGCGUCUCAUACGACACCGGCUACGACGACGGCUCCCGCUCCCUGACCGCCGUCUCUUGCUCCGACGGCGCCAACGGCCUCAUCACCAAGUACGGCUGGCAGACUCAGGGCCAGAUCCGCAACUUCCCCUACAUUGGAGGUGUCGAUGCCGUCGGUGGAUGGAACUCGCCUAGCUGCGGUACCUGCUGGCAGCUCACCUACAACGGCAAGUCCAUCAACGUUCUCGCCAUCGACCACGCCUCUGGCUUCAACAUUGGCCUCGCCGCCAUGAACGACCUCACCAACGGCCAGGCCGGCAGCCUCGGCCGCAUUGAGGCCCAGUCCCAGCAGGUCGGCCUCAACGCCUGCGGCCUGUAAAGGAGUCAGGCGAGAGAAGAUAAUAAUCUCUCCAUGAAACAUCAUCUACAGCAUGUUUUACAGAGGAGGCGAUUUUGGCUAUUGUUUUAAUGUCUUUUAAUCGGGUGGGAAACAACCACAUCUAAAUAGUAACGAGAAUCAAUGAUUAUGAUGUCCAUCACUUACUUGGGUUUCCUUUGCGCUUGCUUGAAUAUUAGUGACAGCA